AUGGCGAACGACGAAGAUACAGAGUUGCGCGACUUGGUCGCACAAAUUUUAGAACGAAAAGGAGUCCUAGGGAAAAUAAGGGCGCAAAUGAGAGCAAAUGUAUUUCUAGCAUUGGAGGAACAUGACAGCAAGGAAAAUCAGUCUCGAAGUGUUAACCCCAAAUUGCGAAGUUUUCUAUCAACAGCUGAUGGUAGACUUACCUUCCAAUUAGUUCGUGAAUUAUUCGAUUUUUUUGAAUUGGAGUAUACUCAGAUAGUUUUGCAACCGGAAGCCAAUUUAACCGAACAACACUUUAGUAGCCGAGAGAUGAUCGCUCGAGAAUUAAAUAUUAUUGACAGUGAGCCUUCCUCUGAGCCCUUGAUAACGAAGGUCAUCAGACGAAUACCUGAAUCACCUAUUUCACCUAAACGAACCAGUUCUAUUACUGACGACGGAAGUGGAUCAAUUGAUAAAAACGAAUUGCGUUCACUAUUUGUAGACCUCUUUCCUCAUUUUAACAGUCACAUGUUGGAGAGAUAUGUUUCUGACGAAUUCACGGCAACCGAUAACGAUUUUAGUAGCUCUAUAGAAUUUAACGAAUUUUUAAGUAUGUACAAAAGGCUGUUUAUACUAUGCAAAGCUAAGAUAUCGCAAGACGUUGCAGAUAUAGUUGGGCCAUUAUCACCAAACAAGGGUCGCUUUGGGAUGUUAGAAAUGGGCGUAGAGAAACAGAAAUCCCUUGAUAACGCUAAAAUGCCUAAUGAAACGAGUCGUAUGCAUGAUGAAGUAGUUGCACCUGGGAUUAGUAACAAAGGAGAAGCUGAAUUUAUUUCCAAAGAUCCCCCAAGUUCAAGCGAAGAAUCUGGCACUAAGAGAAGUGAUACCCAUGAAUAUGAAGAGCCCGCUAUUGAUGGUAAGAGCAGAAAUGCUGGCUCUGCGUUUACGCUGCCUGCGCUACCUACGAAAAAUAAUCAAGUUGGAGAGGUAAAUGCUGAUUGGUCUGACUUAUCUGAUAUAGACAGAAAAAUCAACCAACUCGGAUUUGAUGUCCCGAAUGACGGAGAUGAUUAUGAAGAUGAUUUCGUUCCUUCCAGUUCGAAUACAAGUAAGUCCCUUGAAGAUAAUAGUAUCGCUGAAGAAAUUGAAGAAGAUAUCACGGAAGGCAGUCAAGACAGUAAAAAUAUUUCAACUACGGAUCAAACAGUUACUCCUACACCAGAUGACCUAGAUUAUAUGGAGAGCGCCAUUUUAUCUAAUUAG